UGUGGGGUUUACAGAGAAUGGUCUGAAAAACAGAAAAUAGCAGCAAUUCUCUGUAUAUUAACAAUUAUGUACACACGCCCACCGAUGUAGGUCAUGAAGCAGAAAAUAAUCUGAUAGGAGCUCAGACCCUGCCCCUGCUUCAGCUCAGCACAUAAAAAGGAGCAGCGGGAGACCCCUGCAUCUGUAGAUCUGGUUUCAUCGCUCAAAUCUGCAGUUUCUUCUGGUAAAGUAGCAAAAUGUACGGACACAAUGAAGAUAAACAUGAUGGACACGGGCACGGACACGGGCAUGGGCACGGACACGGCCACGGGCACGGACACGGCCACGGACACGGGCACGGACACGGCCACGGGCACGGACACGGCCACGGACAUGGGCACGGACACGCACAUGGCCACGGACACGGACACGGGCACGGACAUGGCCACUAAAAGGAAAGGACAGCCAUGGGCAGUUCCUGCAGCAGUGACUCUGACUAGAUGAACAGUGUUCGACGUGAACCUGGAGACCUUCAUGCUCCUGUCUUAUCAUUUGACUGCCUGCAGUUUCUUUACAAACAGAUUUAAUUAAGAAUUAACAGAGCUGACAAAGUUAUUUUAGACCAUUGUGAACCUUUACAGGCAUGAUUUUAUCCAGUGUUUUUCAGAAAAUAAAUAAAAGUGAUGAAAGUGUCAUCUUUAUGACAUUUUAUCCCAUCUUCCUGUUUUUUAUUAAUUUGUUUGGUCAUAUAUCCACACUAGGAUCUUUAUUUAUCCAGGCAAAAUUGACUGAACUCAUCCAGUCAACUCCCAGCAGCACAUCACACCCUGAAACUGCCUCUGCUGUGACCCUGAUCCCAUGAUAGUGUGUGCAUUUCAACUGUUUACAUAGUUACACUGAGCCACCAACUCUGAUUUUCACAUUUAUAAAAUUAAUAGAAACCUG